UGGUGGAGAGGGGGAAGGCUGCGUGUGUGAGUGUGUGUGAUUGCAAAUGAAACAGGAGUAUUAACAAUGCUUGGCUGAAUGCUGGAGGCUGGUUCCUGCACCCUGACUAAUAUAAUACUGUAUUAAGCCUUUUUGAGGGAGUCUCUGUGCAGUCAGCCAUUUUAGCUUUUUUCCUCCUUUUUCUUUUCUUCCCAUUCCUCAGGCUUAGGGAAUGGUUUUGUUCCCUUGGAUGAAUGCUGGAUAUGUAGGGUUUCAUCAGGCUCUGUACGUCCUGACAUGCUUAGACUUUCAGUGUUACAAAAAUGGAGACUAACGCUGUCGUUUGGAUUGCUGCUCUGCACUACAAGUGCGAGGGGGGUUUUGAGCUUACCAGUAGUGACACUUUUAGCUCCAGCUUGAUUCUCCCCCCUCCUCCGCUUUUUAAUUUAAUGCUGUAGAGGGUGACUUGCCAUCCAUAAGAAAUUGGUACAUGAUGUGUAAAUUCAGUUCAGUUUAUGUUUCUUCAUUAUGAAACCACUUGCAAUCCCAGCUAACCAUGGAGUUAUGGGCCAGCAGGAGAAACACUCACUUCCUGCAGAUUUCACAAAGCUGCACCUUACUGACAGUCUCCACCCACAGGUGACCCACGUUUCAUCUAGUCACUCAGGAUGUAGCAUCACUAGUGAUUCAGGAAGCAGCAGCCUUUCUGAUAUCUACCAGGCUACAGAAAGUGAGGCUGGUGAUAUGGAUCUCAGUGGGUUGCCGGAGACAGCAGUGGAUUCUGAGGAUGAUGAUGAUGAAGAAGACAUUGAAAGGGCGUCAGAUCCUUUGAUGAGUAGGGAUAUUGUUAGAGACUGCUUGGAGAAAGACCCAAUAGACAGGACAGAUGAUGACAUUGAACAACUACUGGAAUUCAUGCAUCAGUUGCCUGCUUUUGCCAACAUGACAAUGUCAGUGAGGAGGGAGCUCUGUGCUGUAAUGGUGUUUGCAGUUGUGGAGAGAGCAGGAACUAUUGUACUAAAUGAUGGUGAAGAGCUGGAUUCCUGGUCAGUCAUUUUGAAUGGCUCUGUGGAGGUGACGUACCCUGAUGGAAGAACAGAGAUACUCUGCAUGGGGAACAGUUUUGGUGUUUCCCCUACCAUGGAAAAGGAAUAUAUGAAAGGAGUAAUGAGAACCAAAGUGGAUGACUGCCAGUUUGUUUGUAUAGCUCAGCAAGAUUAUUGCCGCAUCCUCAAUCAAGUGGAAAAGAACAUGCAGAAGGUAGAAGAGGAAGGGGAGAUUGUGAUGGUGAAGGAGCACAGGGAACUUGAUCGCACUGGAACAAGAAAAGGUCACAUUGUCAUCAAGGGAACAGCUGAAAGGUUAACAAUGCAUUUGGUGGAAGAGCACUCUGUGGUAGACCCAACAUUUAUAGAAGACUUCCUGUUGACGUAUCGGACCUUUCUUUCUAGCCCAAUGGAAGUGGGCAAGAAGUUGUUGGAGUGGUUCAAUGACCCCAGCCUCAGGGAUAAGGUUACACGGGUAGUAUUGUUGUGGGUGAACAAUCACUUCAAUGAUUUUGAAGGAGAUCCUGCUAUGACUCGAUUUCUGGAAGAAUUUGAGAACAAUUUGGAGAGGGAGAAAAUGGGUGGACAUUUGAGGCUGUUAAAUAUUGCUUGUGCUGCUAAAGCUAAACGAAGAUUGAUAACCUUAACGAAGCCAUCGCGAGAAGCCCCUUUGCCUUUUAUCUUGCUGGGAGGGUCAGAAAAAGGAUUUGGAAUCUUUGUUGACAGUGUAGAUUUUGGUAGCAAAGCUACAGAAGCAGGCUUGAAACGUGGAGACCAGAUACUGGAAGUGAACGGGCAAAACUUUGAAAACAUUCAGCUGUCAAAAGCCAUGGAAAUCCUUAGAAAUAACACUCAUCUGUCUAUCACUGUGAAAACCAAUUUAUUUGUUUUUAAAGAGCUUUUAACACGGUUGUCAGAGGAAAAAAGAAAUGGUGCUCCCCACCUGCCUAAAAUUGGUGACAUUAAAAAGGCAAGUCGUUAUUCCAUCCCAGACCUUGCUGUCGAUGUGGAGCAGGUAAUAGGAUUGGAAAAAGUAAAUAAGAAAAGUAAAGCCAACACAGUUGGAGGAAGAAAUAAAUUAAAGAAGAUACUUGACAAGACUCGAAUCAGUAUUCUGCCUCAGAAACCAUACAAGGACUUAUUUGGUGACAUUGGAAUUGGCCAGUCUCAGGAUGACAGCAUUGUGGGACUGAGGCAAACGAAGCACAUUCCUCCUGCUUUACCUGUCAGCGGAACUCUGUCAUCCAGUAAUCCCGAUCUACUGCAGUCUCAUCACCGCAUCUUAGACUUCAAUACUACUCCAGACCUACCAGAUCAAGUUCUGAGGGUUUUCAAGGCAGAUCAGCAAAGUCGCUACAUCAUGAUCAGUAAGGACACAACAGCAAAAGAAGUGGUGAUCCAGGCUAUCAGGGAAUUUGCUCUCACUGCAACCCCUGAUGCAUAUUCACUAUGCGAAGUCUCUGUCACACCUGAGGGUGUAAUCAAGCAAAGGAGGCUUCCAGAUCAGUUAUCCAAGCUUGCUGACAGGAUACAGCUGAGUGGCAGAUAUUACCUGAAGAACAACAUGGAAACAGAAACUCUUUGUUCAGAUGAAGACGCUCAAGAGUUACUAAGGGAAAGUCAAAUUUCCCUACUGCAGCUCAGUACUGUUGAGGUGGCUACCCAACUCUCCAUGAGAAACUUUGAGCUAUUCCGUAAUAUUGAACCCACAGAAUACAUAGACGACUUGUUUAAACUCAAAUCAAAAACAGGUUGCAUUAAUCUGAAAAAGUUUGAAGAGGUGAUAAAUCAAGAAACAUUUUGGGUGGCUUCUGAGAUUCUAAGAGAAACCAACCAGCUGAAAAGGAUGAAGAUCAUUAAGCAUUUCAUUAAGAUAGCACUACACUGCAGAGAAUGCAAGAACUUCAACUCAAUGUUUGCCAUCAUUAGUGGCCUGAAUUUGGCACCAGUUGCAAGGCUCCGAACUACUUGGGAAAAGCUUCCAAGCAAGUAUGAAAAACUGUUUCAAGAUCUACAGGACUUGUUUGAUCCAUCUAGGAAUAUGGCAAAAUAUCGUAACGUCCUUAACAGCCAAAACCUACAGCCUCCCAUUAUCCCCCUGUUUCCUGUUAUCAAAAAAGACCUUACAUUCCUUCAUGAAGGAAAUGAUUCAAAAGUGGAAGGCUUGGUCAAUUUUGAGAAGCUGAGAAUGAUUGCGAAGGAGAUACGCCAUGUUGGUCGCAUGGCAUCUGUGAACAUGGAUCCUGCUUUAAUGUUUAGAACAAGGAAGAAGAAAUGGAGGAGUUUGGGGUCCCUCAGCCAGGGCAGUACAAAUGCAGCUGUGCUGGAUGUUGCGCAAACGGGGGGUCAUAAAAAGCGUGUCCGUCGCAGCUCCUUCCUUAAUGCUAAAAAAUUGUAUGAAGAUGCUCAGAUGGCACGGAAAGUAAAGCAGUAUCUCUCAAACUUGGAUCUGGAGAUGGAUGAAGAGAGCCUCCAGACACUGUCUCUGCAGUGUGAGCCAGCCACCAACACACUGCCAAAGAAUACAGGAGACAAGCGAUCUGGAAAAUCCGAAACAUCACCAGUGGCUCCCCGGGCAGGCAUCCAACAGAAAGUGCAGCAGCAGCAGCAACAUAAAGUAAACCAAGCGUUGCAGGUCCCUGCUGUAUCUCUUUAUCCCUCUCGCAAGAAAGUGCCAGUCAAAGACCUCCCACCAUUUGGCAUUAACUCCCCACAAGCUUUAAAGAAAAUUCUUUCAUUAUCUGAAGAAGGAAGUUUGGAUCGUCACAAGAAACAGGCUGAAGACACAGUCUCAAGUGCAUCUUCACAGCUUUCUUCUCCUCCCACUUCACCACAGAGCUCUCCACGGAAAGGCUAUACUUUGGCUCCUAGUGGCACAGUGGAUAACUUUUCAGAUUCUGGUCACAGUGAAAUUUCUUCCAGAUCUAGUAUUGUCAGCAAUUCCUCUUUUGACUCUAUGCCAGUAUCCCUGCAUGAUGAGAGGAGACAAAGGCAUUCUGUCAGCAUCGUGGAGACAAAUCUUGGUGUGGGAAGGAUUGAUAGAAGAAUUAUGAUUGAACCAGAUCAAUACAGCUUAGGCUCAUAUGCACCGCUGUCAGAGACCAGAGGCCUGUACGCUGGAGCAACUGUGCUUUCUUCUCCCAGUACAGAAGAACUGUCACAGGAUCAGGGGGACAGAGCUUCGCUCGAUGCAGCUGACAGUGGCCGUGGUAGCUGGACUUCUUGUUCGAGUGGUUCUCAUGACAACAUACAAACAAUACAGCACCAGAGAAGCUGGGAGACUCUGCCUUUUGGACAUGCUCAUUUCGAUAGUUCAGGCGAGGGGGCAGGACUGUGGGCCUCGGGCAGUCAUAUGGACCAGCUGAUGUUCCCCGAUCACAGCACAAAGUAUGGCAGGCAAAGUCAAGGGAGGGAGGGUCUUGAUCAAGCACAGUCCAGAGCAAGCUGGGCAUCCUCAACAGGAUACUGGGGAGAGGACUCAGAAGGUGAUACAGGUACCAUAAAGCGGAGGGGUGGGAAGGAUGUUUCUAUUGAAGCUGAAACCAGUAGCAUAACAUCUGUACCAGCAGAGGAGUCAAAGCCAGCUCCUGUGCCCACUCAUAUAGCAGUAUCAUCAAGUAGUACAAAGGGGCUUAUUGCACGAAAAGAGGGUCGAUAUCGGGAACCACCCCCAACUCCUCCUGGUUAUGUAGGAAUACCUAUUGCUGAGUUUGCAGAAGGUGGUUCUCAUCCAACCAGAAAGCCUCCAGAUUACAACAUAGCACUUCAGAGGUCUAGAAUGGUGGCACGGACAUGUGAGACUCAUGGGGCAUCAACUCCACAGCAGCAGUCACAUGGCCAUUCAACCAGCAGGCCUGUGAACAAACCUCAGUGGCAUAAACCAAAUGAGUCAGAUCCACGUCUUGCUCACUAUCCGUCUCAAGGGUUUUCCACAGAGGAAGAUGAAGAUGAACAAGUCUCUGCUGUCUAAGACUUGGACUUUUCUGGAUCCAGAGUGAGCCACCUUAAAGGAGAGCACAAGAAGACGUCCCUAGAAUAGGAGCCUUGGAACUAUAGUUAAAGGAUGGUGGACCUAUUUGCCUCCUUCCCUGCCUUAAAGCAGCAUGGGGCUUCUUCCUCCGCCCCUUCCCCUUCUGUCCCCUCUCCCCUUGCAUGUGAAAUACUGUGAAGAAAUUGCCCUGGCACUUUUCAAACUGUGUUGCUUGAAAUGCACAGUGCAGCAAUCUCCAAGCUACCACUGUCGCUGUCUGCCACAUCACACAGUAUCAUUCCAAAUUCCAAGAUCAUCACAUCAGGAUGAUUAACUCUGGCUGCACUUCCCAAUGCCUGGAAGGGUUUGGUGUUUUUUUUUUUAAAUCUUCCUUUUAGAUUUUAAUCACAGUCCUAGCACUUAGUCUCAUUGGGAUAAUGAGAUAAGCUAGUUCUCAAAUUACAUUUGGCCUUUAAUCUA